GCUCUUUCCUCUUCACCCUCGUGCUAGGCCAGAGUGAUGGCAGUGGCGUGGUGGUGGCCAUGUACAAUAUCACUGCCCCUAGAGGAUCGAAGGCAGUAUUACAGUGCCAUAGUCAGCGCAUGGUUUGGACACAGGACAGACUGAAAGACCGUCAGCGUGUGGUUCACUGGGACCUGUUCCGCAGCACACCAGAUUACACCAUGGAACGCAUCCUAGACAUGUUCUCUGCUGGGGACCAACGCAUUUACAACGGCUACAACAAGGGACGCAUCAGCAUGCCCAAAACAGCCUUCAAUGAUGGCAACUUCUCACUAGUCAUCAAGGAUGUGGCAAUGAGUGACAGGGGCAUCUACUCCUGCAACCUCCACCAUCACUACUGCCAUCUAUAUGAGUCCAUUAAAGUGCAACUUAAUGUCACCAAAUCAGCUCGAAAGGAGCGUAAGUUCUGGGACGGGCAGAAGGCGGUGUAUGUGGUUCUGGUGGGCAGCACGGUGGUCCUUCCCUGCAUCAACCGCCGGUCCAUCUGGACGGAGGGUAACAGCGAGGAGGAGCAGCAGCAGGUGGUGCAUUGGGACCGUCAGCCGCCGGGGGUGCGGCAUGACCAGGCCGACCGCCUCAUCGACAUGUACGCCUCGGGCGAACGCCGGCACUACGGGCCCCUCUUCGUUCGCCGCAAGAUGAACAUCUCUGCCGUGGCUUUUUCACAAGGUGACUUUUCUCUAACCAUCUCUGAUCUGCAACCCCCUGACCAGGGGUUGUACUCCUGUCACCUGCACCACCACUACUGUGGUCUGCACGAGAGACGCAUCUUCCAGCUGACUGUCGGACCCCCUGAACCCCAGGACCCCACCGAUGCCCCCCACGCCCUUCCCAAUGAAGACUCUGAUACCAAUGUGGUGGAGGGGCCACGUGUCAUCAACGUCAUCUUGCCGGAGCAUCGGAGUCACCUCCUUCAUCAGCUGGGCUACAUCCUGGCCACUCUGCUCCUCCUCGCUCUCAUUGUUCUGGCCAUCAUCCUCCUCACACGCCGACGCAAGAGCAGAGCUGUGGAGUAUGAUCCACGUAGGAUUGAGUGUAAACCGUUACCCACAGUGACAUACAUGGGCUCUGGGACCUCAAAGGACUAUGAUAGGGAUCUCCCAGAGGUGAAGACAUGCAACCAGGAAGAGGCAAAACUUGACUACAAGAACAACCUCCUGAAAGAGGCAGAGAUGUCCAAACUGAAUUACCCAAAGGUCAUUGACCUAGACAGAGAAAUGGAGAAGCCAUCAUGGAAGUGAGAGAUAUCUUGUUCCUGGCCGGCCCAG